AUGUCGAGCAAGCGUGCAAAGGGAAAGACCACCAAGAAGCGUCCUCAGAGGGCCACCUCCAACGUCUUUGCCAUGUUCGACCAGUCUCAGAUCCAGGAGUUCAAAGAGGCCUUCAACAUGAUCGACCAGAACAGAGACGGUUUCAUCGACAAGGAGGAUCUGCAUGACAUGCUGGCCUCUCUGGGUAAGAACCCCUCUGAUGAAUACCUGGAGGGGAUGAUGAGCGAAGCACCAGGGCCCAUCAACUUCACCAUGUUCCUCACCAUGUUUGGAGAGAGGCUCAACGGAACGGACCCCGAGGACGUCAUCCGCAAUGCCUUUGCCUGUUUCGAUGAGGAGGGAUCUGGUGUGAUCCAUGAGGACCAUCUGAGAGAGCUGCUGACCACCAUGGGUGACCGCUUCACAGACGAAGAGGUGGACGAGCUGUUCCGCGAGGCGCCCAUUGACAAGAAGGGCAACUUCAACUACGCAGAGUUCACCCGCAUUCUCAAACACGGUGCCAAAGAGAAGGAUGACGAGUAGACGGAGACAUCAGCUGCCUCAGGACCCCCUGAACAUACACUGAACCACAAAUCAGUCCUUAGCUCCUACCUUCAUGGACCUUGUAGGUUUUAGAGAAAAGAAAUAGGAAUAGUAUAUAAAGUCUUUUAUAUAGGAGCAGAAGUGGCUAUGUUUUUGAUAGGUAGGGGCUUGGGAUUCAUUUGGGAUCCACGGAAACAUUUUGCAAUACACUACUUUUCAACUUAUAUCAUCAUUGAAGGUUACCAUGAAGAGAAGUGUAUGUGCAUCUCAGAGCUUCAUGUCACUUUGACUGCUGGGUGGAUGUUUGAGAUGCAUCAAACAUCAUGUAUGUGUGUGCGGGGGUGUUUUUGGACUGUGCGAUCCGGUGCCACAUAGAGUACCAGCAAUGUUUACCUCUUCCUGCCAAUUAGCUACAGUACCACACCUGCACAAGCACUGCAACAGGUCUCCAUAACUGUAAUGUUUGUAUCCCUGUAUAUUAAAAAUGGAUUUUAAAGAAGCGACCAUUCUGAUUUUGUUUAUUAAAAGUGGUGAGUACUUGAUGAAAUGGUUUGUUGUAGAGCUUUCAGUCUAAAGUCUUUGACCCCUCAGCUGGCUGUGUGUAUUUGUUGAAGGAUCAAGUAUGUUUGUGUUGUUGAAGGAAUUCAGUCUUGAAUUGUUCCUCAGACAAAUAAAGUAAGUUCAUUCGUGCCGUUGACCACAAAAAAAGUGUAUAUGUAUGUUUGGGGUGUUUUGAAGUCCUGUUUUCUACUUACGUCACAUGCUUACAUCAUAACCAGCGUAAAUGUUUUCCUACAAAGCAGUACACUGUACUUUACACUACCACCAUUUUUCAAAGGACUCUGCAGCUUGAGCUUUAAACAAGAGCAUGAAUGCACUAACCUGAAUAUAUUUUUUUUCAUUGUAAAUGAAUGUAACUAAGUGUUCACUACUGCAAGCAGCUAUAAACUGAAGACUAAACUCAGUCAUCAAUUCACAAAAAAAUAAAAACAAUAACUCAAAGUAA